UCUGAAGACUGUCAGAGCGAAAUUUGUUUAUUGGAAGGAAUGAAAAAAGAGAAACAUGAAAGCACCAGAUUCUGAUAAUUGGCAAAUGAAGUAAAGAGUUAAACUGUAUGAAAAUGUUUCAUAAAGAAACGUUUCUGAAACCACAACAACGAUUAGAUUUGAAAUGGUUAAAACUCGAUAUUCCAUCGUUAUUUAACUGUCAAGAGGAUUUAAUAAAUAACUGGAAUGAAUUGGUCUUAGAUGGGGAAUUAAUUGGACCUUUUUCUGAUGAACUAGUUAAUUGUGUAGGCGUAGUAGCCAAAAAGGGAGAAUUUGGAAAGUUCUAUUGUGGGCAAAAAGUUCUUACUUGCACUUGCUGUGAUGGUAUUUGUGGACCAUGCAAUGGGUGUAAUUGUCAGUCUUGUCAAAAACUGGAUGUGGAAGAAGCUGAAAGGAAAAACCAGUUGAAAGAAAGGAACCCUUUACCUUCAGUAGAUGCGUUUUUGAAUAGAUGGUCUUGGGGACCACAACCAAACUUAAAACAAUUGGAUGAAUGUAUGCAAAGUCUCAGCCAUGAAGUAAAAAAUGUUUGCUGUGAAGCCUUUAGUUCUACUUUAUCUAUCAGGAGAUUACAAUGUCGUUUGAUAAUCUUCAAGAGAUUCUUCAUUUCUUUGAAUCGAACACCUCCACAAACAAGUUUCACAGAAACAUCUAUGGAUAAGCCAGAUAUCAUUGAAUCCCCAUCAAUUAAAAGUAAAAGAAAAGAUUCAGCAUCAUCUCAAAAUCCAGUAAUAAGUCUAGCAAGAGUAGGGUCAAGAGCUGCUCUUAAUUUUUCUUUUGCAUUUCUAAGGAGAGCUUGGAGAUUAGGAGAGGAUGUCGAUCUCUGUAGUGAACUAUUGACAGAAUCUCUUGAAGCUUUACAGUUAUUGCCAGCAGCUACUUUAUUUGAUGAGGAUAAUGUUUCACCAGUAUGGUUGGAAGUUGUAGAAAGAUCUACAAAAUUUCUCAAACAAGUUAUAUCUGGAGAAUUAAAUAGUUCUAGACAAACCUGUAAUAUACCCAAGGAAGAUCAACAUGUUUCAUUGCUUUUGCUUCUUGAAUUGGCCUUUCAAAGAGGAAAAUUGAGUAGUUUUCUGGAUGUUAUUUUGCUUUUGUUGAAUUUAUGGAAUAAAAGAGCCAAUUUGAGUGAUAACAGAGCAACAUCUGAAGUAGCUAGUGCGCCAUUGCUUCCAUUCUUGAAGAAAUUUGUGGACAUUCAACAUUCCAAUAUCUAUACAAAUGAGUCAGAAGAAUUUUCAAGUUGUACUAGAGUAUACUUAGAACUUCUGUCACUACCAGAUGAUGAUUCUAUAGAAAUUGAUUUAAAACAAGCUGCAGUAUAUCUUUUGGCAUAUUUGGACAGACUCGCCUCUCCACAUAUCUCUCCAUUAUCAUUUAAUAAGUCAUCUUCUCAUAAUGGUCAAAAAUUUUGGGGUUGGGGAAGGUGUGAUAUGAGUAGCUGGUUGAAUGGAAACGAUCCUGUGAUUUUUGAUUGGAUUUCAGAAUUGAAAAUCAAACAGUUGAGCUGCUCUGAAAAUUUCAUUUUGAUUUUGACUUCCACAGGCAACCUGUACAGAAUAUUUUACAUAUAUGAGACAGUGUGUCCUCUUUUGUAUGAUGCUUUUAAAGACAAAGAAGUGAUAAAAAUUUCUUCCCAUCCAGAAGGAAAUCAUUUUAUGGCACUGACUAAAGACGGAGGCGUUUAUUCCUGGGGUUAUGGAGAAGGCGGUAGACUAGGUCAUGGUGACAACAUCUCAAAAGAACAACCUACUCUUAUUCAAUCUCUCAUCAAUCUAGAUGUGGUUGAUAUCUCAUGUGGAAGUUCCUAUAGUGCUGCAAUAACUUCAAGUGGUGCACUAUAUACAUGGGGAAGAGGAAAUUAUGGUUGCUUAGGGCAUGGUUCUUCAGACCAUGUCUUGGUACCCACAAUUGUAUCUGCUCUGAAUGGACAGCAUGUUGUGAAGGUUGCAUGUGGCGCUGGCGAUUCUCACACAUUGUGUGUAACUAACCAAGGGAAGGUUUAUAGCUGGGGUGAUGGAGAUUUUGGGAAACUAGGAAGGGGUGGAUUUGAUGGAUCCAAAAUACCAAAACUAGUUGAUAAAUUCCAAAAUAUUGAAAUUGUUGAUGUGUACUGUGGAGAUCAAUUCAGCCUUGCCCUUUCCAAGGAUGGAAAAUUAUACAGUUGGGGUAAGGGAGAGGGAUGGAGGAUUGGCCAUAAUACAGAAGAACAUGUUAGGUUUCCUGAAUUGAUAGAAGCUUUACAAGAUGAACACAUCAUCUCUGUUAGCUUGGGUCUAGGUCAUGUAAUGGCAUUAACAGACAAAGGGGAAGUUUACAGUUGGGGAAAAAAUGAUAACAAACAGAUAAGUAGUAGUCCUGACGCUUUCAUUCAACGCCCUACUAUAAUAGAAUCUCUCAAAGGGGAAAAACUGACAGGAAUCUGUUGCGGUCCCAAUCAAAGCUUUGCUUGGGCAGAUGCUAAUUAUGACAGCACCAAGUUAUCAGUUCCUUUUGUGAUCGACCUUGAUGAUAGUACCUUCAAGUUGAUAGACCAAUUAAUGGAAUAUGUAGUUAUGAGUUGUCAUGCCAUACAAGAAAAAGAGUGUAUUGCAGUUUCAGUAUUAAAUUUACUUCAUCUUCAGUUGCACAGUAUUAUUAGCCACAAUGUAAGCGCAAGAAGUGUAGGUCUUGGUGCUGGCAGUAAGUUGUUAUCUAACAUAAAAUCACAAGUUGUUUACCUAGCCAGUGGUGCCAACAUACCGUCAAUGAUUCAAAAAGCUGCACAAGAUGCUCUUCAAGCUGGAUGGAGCAUCUUGUUGCCCACUGCAAAUGGUAGAGCAAGGACUUUGAGUUCACUUCUCUUACACACAGAUGUUGAACCAAAAAUGUGCAAGACUGGCCAUCGUUUCAUGACUAAUUUAUUGGUUUGGAGCUUAAUGGCAGAUGGAGGCUUAGAGACGGCACUGCAGGAAGCCCUCAAUACUGAACUAUUAGAUCUACCAGAGGUAGAUGAAAACUCGGAUCAAUCUUCAGCUCAUGUCUCAAUACCAUUGUUGUAUUUGGUUCGACAGUUGAUAAGAAAUACCAGUACUUUAACACAAGGUUCCCUGAAGGAGUUUGGGUCUUCCAAUAAGUUUUCCAAAACAUCUUCACAUUCUCCCAGCCUCAACUUAUUGUUGAGAUUUCAAAGGCUUCUAAUUGGAAAAAUCCAUUCACAGAAUCAAGUAUGCCAGGAAGCAGCACAAAACCUGUUGAUGAAGUAUUUGGAAUGUUUUACUUUUCAUAUUACAACCACCCUGAACCAAGCCUAUGAUAUUAGUGUUCUUAGCAGUAAAAACUUCAUGUGCGUGUUGCAGAUCCUUAAGACCGAUAUUGUGGGUUUUCUUCUGCCUGAGCUGAUUGUUAGCCUCAUUCUUCUUGAACAAGAGGUGGAGAUGUUUCUGUGCUCCUUGAACUGGCUCAAUGUUUUUGAAGAGUUAUUGAAAUCAUUGGACAAAUUAUGUAGGCUCAUUCAAGACAUUGAAACUUUUGAUAAUGAUGAUAUCGCUUGGCUUGGUGUAACCCAGAACAGACCUGUCUUGCUUCAGAAAACAUUGGACGAACUACCUUUGAUUCGAAAGGCUGAUUUGGAAAACCAUAAUAGGGAUGGAGGAUUAUGGGUUGUAAUGAAUAAUAAAGUUUAUGAUAUACAAGAUUUCAGAUGUGAAAAUACAGUACUUUUUGAACAAUUGCAAAGAAACGCUGGGAACGAUGUAACUCAUAUAUUGAAUUCUUUUCCACAAAAGCACUGUUUGAUGCAACUCAUGGAAAGCUAUAUAGUGGGUACUUAUUGCCAACCCGAACCUGAAAUUUCUUGUAAUGAUCUGGACUCCUUACAAAUGUGUUCCACUCUAUUAGACACUGAAAGGUAUCUGGGUUAUUUAUUAGGUUUACAUUCUCAUAACCUGCGUCAGAGUAUCCCUUUACAACAAGAUGAAAUUUUAUCAAAAGAGUGGUUGAAUGCAGAUUUCCUCACAGGAGGAUUACAGGUUGACCAACCUCCAAGUCCAUUUGAAGAGGAGAAGGGGGAUUCAAGAAGUACAAACUCAACUACUGACAACACACCAACAGAGCCUAAAGUCAAUAUGAGUCAAAAGUUUUUGAAACAGUUUCCAACUCCAUACGAUAGAAUUAGUACUUUCAUAAAUUCAUUAGCUGAGAGCAGAUUAUCUGACCCAUAUGUGAUAGCAUACUUAGCCAUUGUAGAACAACAUUCCAAGCAGAAUAAUUUCUUGACAAGAAUGGAUUUUUCAUUCGAACAUCCAAUAGAAGAAAUAGCUAGGGUGUUAUUCGCAGUUUUAAUAAAACAUUUGGGAUUGGGAUAUGUACUGCUACCAAUCUUAGAUGCAUAUAUCUCACAAUCCAAUGUUACAACUAGAAUGCCUAAAGCUCUUGGAGAAAUGAUAAAAGCGGUACAUAACCUCAAAUGGACUUUAAUUAAAGCUAGACAAGAACAUAAUAAAAGCUACAAAGAAAUUUGUAUACCAUUGUUAGAAAAGUGUAGGUAUUUAUUCUAUGAAGUAAAACCUACCGUAAGUGUGGAAACUGAAGCAUUUAAAAAAGUUAAUAUUUUAUAUAAAGAGCCUCGAGUCAGAACAUUAGUGAAAAAAGUAAUUAAAGAUUUGAAAUGUGGCAGUCACACAUCAGACAUUCAAAAACCUGAAGAUAUUGUAAAUGCGACAAUACAAUCACAAAGCAUAGAUAGGCAUAAAUCAAGUGAAGAUAUCAGUAAAUCCUCAAUGAAGAGAACAUGUUCUGAGGGGAAAAUCAAUGAAUCCAAAAGUGAAACUGAUGAUGUCAACAACGAAAUCAAAAAAGCUUCGGCUGAGAGCCGUGCUUUGCAGGAUUCUCUGAAUUCAAAUUCGUCGAAUAGUAAAUGUGAUCAAAACCAGACUAAAAAUUCAGACCAUAAGAUUGAAAUAGAAGAGAAAUGGAAUGUUGAAAAUAUGGAACCAAAAUUGGAACAAGGCGAUUUAGUCAAAGAAAAGAAAUCAGAAAACGAAAUUGCGUUACAAAGCAUAAUAAAUAAAUUGACUGAGAAACAGAUGAAGAAAAUUUCAAAUGAGAAUAUUGGACUGAUUUAUCACAUAAUUGAGUUUGUUCAAACAAACUGUGAUGUUGAGAGCUUGCGUAAAGCUAUGUAUUGUCAGGUACGAAGAUACAAAAUUCGUAAGGAAGGAUUAGACCUAAUGAAACACCUGCUGAAUAAAACCGAUCUAUUGACUUCAGUGAAAUACAGCAUAAUCAAUGGUUAUCUAGGUCUGGAAAAGAAAACUAGUAUUAUGUGUCACUGUUUGGACAAUACACAACUCGUGACACCUUAUUUGAAGACUGAACUGUUGUUAGCUCAGCUAGCCAUUACUGAAUGGUGCAUUGAAAAUCUUAGGAUGUAUGUGUUGCGGGACAACAUAACGAAAACAACUAAAAUGAAAGGACUCAGCGCUAAAGUAACUUUGAAUCUGGGAACCUAUUCUUUAUUGCGCGAUAUACCUAGGGCUAGAAUGCUACUGGCUAUCAUAGGAAUAUUAGCCUCUAGUAGAUACAUUUCACUUGAAUUGAGUCCUUUAAUUAACAGUGGGGUAAUCAGCUCUGUGUUAUCUCUACUGAAACAGACUGGAAGCGAUCAAAGUAUAGUGAGGAAAGUAUCUGAAUUUUAUGUGCUUUAUGCUGAUAUGAUUGAGAGCAAUAAGCCUAAAAAUAGUGCUUUGAGUGGUCCUGAACUUGCUAGCUUGAUCAAAUUGGGUACCAAGGUCGUCAGAGGUGCUGAUUGGAAGUGGGGGGAUCAGGAUGGAAAUCCUCCUGGAGAAGGUAGAGUAGUUGGAGAGCUUGGAGAUGAUGGUUGGGUUAGAGUAGAAUGGGCUAAUGGAACAAGAAAUAGUUAUAGAAUGGGAAUCGAAGGAAAAUAUGAUCUGACUUUGGCAUGUCCACCGUCCCCAGUAACAUCUGAAUCUGAAACAGAGGAACAAAAUGAAAAAGGUUCCCAACUUAUCAAAGAUAAUCAACUUAUUAAACUCAUAAGAACUACAAGCAUGAAUUUUUUACGUAAUAUUGCUCUAAGCUCUGGUUUGUCUGGUACUAAUCUACAUCCAAGCACAAUGCAUGGACUAAGCAGUCUCUUCUGUUCCACCUUGAAUUCAUACAGUCAAGAGUGGUGCAGCUUGAUCUUAAUAAGAAGCAUUGCACAGACUCAACAACUUUGCCGAGCAUUCAGUACAAAACCUUGGAUCAAUAUGCUAUUAGAUCUUUUUUCAGCUGAGUCUAGAGGCGGAAAUGAGCACAAUCUGCCAAAUCAGAUAUUGGCAGUAAGGCUACUUCAAACAUUACUUGUACAGUGGGAUAUGGAUAAUACUGAAAUCACUCCUUUAUUGGAAAGGUUACUUAAUAUACUUGGUAAAAUCAUACUAACUUGCCUGUAUGAUACAGGCAACAAACCAAAUUCAUCAACGAAAUCUCUUGUCCUUCUCACUCAGUCACACAGUAGUACCCUUGCCCAAGAAAUAAUCAAUUUACUAAGACUUCUACAUACUUUUAAUGGAUGGAAUCAAGUGUUGAAUUCUAUGCUGAUGCAUAAGCUGAACCUUGCUGCAUACUUCCUAAGUGGCAAUUAUUUUCAACCUGUAAUCAAUGAUGGCAUCUCCAGUGAUCAGCAGCAUUAUUCUGUCAUUGCGUCUUUGAACAUUAUUGGAGCAUGGGACAUAAGACCAAGGAUUGGCGCUGUAGUAGAAGUGGAUAACGUACAGGGCACUGUAUUUAAGGUAUCCCCUACAGGAAAACUAUGUUUGCAGGUUCACAACAGUGGAGAGAUCAAGAAAGUACCAGUUGAUAACCUUAAGGGGUUACCUGUUUUGGAGUUCAAUUUUGAUAAAAUGCCAAUUAGUGAAAAUUUUGUAAAAACCUGGGCUUCUUUAAUCAUGUAUCAAUCAGGUUCAUGGAAUUCUCAAGAAAAGAAAAUCUCACAUGGCCUGAUCAAUGUAAGCUAUUUACGAAACCAACAGUAUACUCUCAGUGCUCUGAAUGCCACAAGAAUACUUCAAACUAAUCAGCACAAAUUGAGAAAAGUCUUAAAAUUUAUCGUCAAUGGUAUGGAUCAAUCUCAAGAGCAGCAGUCUAUUGAAGAAGAGCUCAACCAACAACCUGUACUUCUUAUCCAAAAAAUGCUAGUCAAAGCCACACAACCAAGCCCACUCAAACCUGGUUUCACCAUAGAAGAAAUGCAAUUGGCUGCUUUAAACCUCAGCCAGUACUUAGCUGCAGAAGGGGUAUUUGAAGCCCCUUCAUCGAGUGUGGUAAAUGAGAAAAAUUCAUUUAAGAACGGGAACAAGUGCAAUAGUGAAUUGGCUACUCCUAAUAGUGAGGGUUCUGUUAGAAGUGUGGUCAGUGAGAAGACCAAUAAACGAAGGGAGAUGGAGGAAGAUCUCCCCUCUCAUCCUUUAAUCUCCCCUAUCGUUGAGAUGGGAUUCACAAAAAAAGCUGUUGAAAAUGCAAUUAAAAUUUUAUCAAUUGAAGGAGAUAACAUCACAAAUCUUGAAUCAGUUGUAGCAUGGCUUCUAGAACACCCCAAGGUUGCAACCUCAGAGAGUGAAUCCACUAGUUCUGUUUAUGAAUCAGACACAGAGUCUGUAUCAUAUGCAGAUGGAACUGGAACUCAGUCAUUAGCUCAAUAUAAUGAAGAUGGUUCUUCUAAAACUCAAUCCUUCUGUAGGAGAUCACAAUUUCUAUCAAAUGAUGAAUAUGCCAUGUAUGUAAGAGAUAAUGUGGAAGUGGGCAUGUUGGUUAGGUGUUGUAAAAGUUAUGAGGAAGUUGAAUUGGGUGAUAUUGGAAAAGUAGUGAAGAUAGACCGGGAAGGAUUACAUGAUCUUAAUCUUCAGGUUAACUGGCAACACAGAUUGGGAACAUAUUGGGUUAGAUUUAUACACGUAGAGUUGUUAGGUUUUCCUCCUUCCCUACCAACACCAUCUUCUGUCAAGGUUGGAGAUAAAGUAAGAGUGAAACCUACAGUCACAACUCCCAGGUACAAAUGGGGAUGUGUGACACAUGAAAGUGUAGGCGUUGUAACUGCAAUUUCUCCAAAUGGCCAUGACUUGACUGUAGAUUUUCCAAAACAACCAAAUUGGACAGGAUUAAUUUCUGAAAUGGAAAUUGUUCCAUCUUGUCACGAUGGAGUGUUUUGCAACAGUUGCUGCAUGAAACCUAUAAGAGGACCUAGGUUCAAAUGUAAAGUUUGUGAAUCAUUUGAUUAUUGUGAAAACUGCUUUUACACUAAAAGAAAUCACAGACACUCAUUCAACAGGAUAAAUGAGCCAGGGUCUCCUGAAAUUCAAGCUGGCAAACCAGGAAAAUAUUAUCGACAUGACAUUGAAGGUGAUGGUGUUGUUUUGACAGAAUGGUACAGGUGUGUGAGAACUACCACUGUAUCAUCAAAGUGUGGUUUGGUACUAGAUAUACCUGGUUCUGUAUGGCAAAGUUGUGGUACUCAAGGAAAGCAUUGGAUUCGAUUAGAAUUAUACCCAGACAUCAUAAUAAAAUCAUUGAAAAUGGGGGUCGAUCCCGCUGAUAACACUUAUAUGCCAUCAUGUGUUGUUAUAAAGGGUGGAACCAGCAUAAGUUCUCUUGUUGAGUUAAAUGUUGUUAAUAUAAAGAACCAUGAUACAAGCGUUGUUUUGUUAUCUAACUUGGAAAAGCAUUAUCCAUUGAUAGAGAUCAAUAUUGUCAAAUGUAGAAAUAAAGGAAUAGACUGUAAAGUACAUGGAAUGUCUAUCGUUGGAACAAAAAAACAAGCAUUUGGAGAGUUGAGAACAUCAGUGUCUUUCUUAGCCAAUGAUUGGGAUCUUGCUCAGGAACCCUCUCCUAUUGCUGCCCAUGGAGGAAGUGAUAAUAGUGGAGAGCCCUCAAAUUGUAAAGUCUAUGUAUGGGGUUUGAAUGAUAAAGACCAACUUGGCGGUAUGAAAGGAUCCAAAGUAAAGCUACCAGUGUAUAGCGACUUUUUGAGUGAAUUGAAGCCAUUACAUAUAGCUGGUGGUUCAAAAUCUCUAUUUGUAGUAUCGCAGGAAGGAAAAUUAUAUGCUUGUGGGGAAGGUACCAAUGGACGUCUAGGUCUUGGUCAUAAUAACAAUGUUCCAUUUCCAAGACCUAUUCCUUUCUUAAGUCAAUAUGUAAUCAAAAAAGUAGCCGUACAUUCAGGUGGAAAACAUGCCAUGGCUUUAACAUUAGAUGGAAAGGUGUUUUCUUGGGGUGAAGGUGAAGAUGGCAAACUAGGUCAUGGCAACAGACUGAAUUUAGAUAAACCUAAAAUGAUUGAUGCUUUAAAAAGUAAGAAGAUCAGAGAAAUAGCCUGUGGCAGCUCUCACUCAGCAGCCAUAACAAGUAAUGGGGAACUAUACACAUGGGGACUUGGGGAGUAUGGUCGUCUUGGGCAUGGCGACAAUGUUACUCAAUUGAAACCCAAAAUGGUCAAAGCAUUGGUAGGUCAUCGUGUAGUACAAGUAGCAUGUGGUUCUAGAGAUGCCCAAACCUUGGCUCUAACAGAUGAAGGUUUAGUAUUUUCUUGGGGUGAUGGCGAUUUUGGAAAAUUGGGUCGUGGUGGUUCUGAAGGAUGUAAUAUACCACAUAAUAUUGAAAGGCUCAACUCUCUAGAAGUAAUUCAAAUUGAAUGUGGGGCUCAAUUUUCAUUAGCCCUCACCAAAAAAGGAGAGAUAUGGACUUGGGGAAAAGGAGAUUAUUUCCGAUUAGGUCAUGGAAAUGACCAGCAUGUCCGAAAACCCACUAUUAUUGAUACUUUGAAAGACAAGCAAAUAAUCCAUGUUGCUGUGGGUGCUCUCCAUUGUUUGGCAGUUACAGAAAAUGGCCAGGUAUAUGCUUGGGGAGAUAAUGAUCAUGGUCAGCAAGGAAAUGGAUCAACAAUGGUGAAUAGAAAACCUGCACUAGUUCAUGGAUUUGAAGACGUUCAUAUAAAUAGAGUAGCUUGUGGCAGUUCACAUUCUAUUGCUUGGACUCUACAAGAUACUAAGAACAACUCUAAAAUAGAACCAGUCAUCUUCCCUGUUGCAAAAGAUCCAUUGGGAUCGUCUAUAUUAGGCUUGUAUGAUGGUGAAAAAACUAAUUCCAGAAAUAAUACAAAGAAUGCUCCAACUUUAUCUUCGAUUGUAAUGUCUCUUGAAAGCAAUACGGCUAAGCAGCAGGCUUUGCAACAUAUUUUAAAUGCUAUGCAUAUACACCAGCUAAGACAGGCAAUUAUCAAGGCAUUGCGGAGCCACACUAAUAUGAAGAAUAAUGAAACUAAGAUUCAAACCCCUGAUGUUAUCCUUGAAAAAUCUUGCACAAAUUCAAUAAUUAUCAAUAAUACCGAAAUAGCAUUUGGAGGAGGGGAAGCUCCAGUAUCUUUCGCAGAAAUGGCUGCUAUUAAUAGUCACCCUGCCACUCCGGAAACUGAAGACAAUCAACUAGCUUUGAUGCAGUCGAUGACAGCAAGUAGUUGUUCUGCUAGUCUUUCUUCUAAACAUUCUAGGAUGUCAACAAGUGCAAUGUCAGUUAUAGCAGCAACAUUGACUUCGCAUGCUGAAGUUAUUGGUGAUGAUGGUGGAAUGGCUGGCCUAGACGAUUUCACAUCUUUGCUUAAUGAAAGUGAUGCACGAUUACUGGUUGAUUUACUGAAAUUAGCAGUUGCUGAUAGAGUAGAAAAUGACCAAUCAGAAGAAAUAUUAUCAUCAAUCCUUAUAACUAUGGGAAGUAAUAAUCCCUCAAUUGGUGCUAUGUUACUUGAAAUAUGUAUAACCGAAUUAGAAGAUACAUCAAAUAGUACCCAAUCACUUACAAGUGCUCCUCGUCCUGUGGUUCAAGAAUCUAGUCAUCCGUAUGUGGAUGAUGUCACAUUGAAAGGGCAUGUUAGACUUCCUGGUGCAGAUGCUCUUAGGGUAGAGUUCGAUUGUCGAUGUUCCACUGAAAGACGACAUGAUCCAUUAACAAUUACUGAUGGAACAGGAAGAAUUGUGGCUACAAGGUCAGGAAGAGAACGUGCUGAAUGGUCUUCUGAAUUAAGAAUUCCUGGUGAUGAAUUACGUUGGACUUUUACUAGUGACAGUUCUGUUAAUGGUUGGGGAUGGAAAUUUACUGUUUAUCCAGUAACUUCAAAUCAUGGUACUAAAGAAUUAGGAUCAGAUAGAGCUGUUUUGAGUCAACCAUCUAUGGAUAUGGUGAUGAAGCUACUUGAUUCUAAACUUUAUCAGGCUGCAAAUUCACUUCUGAUGUCUAGAUUAGCUGCAGCUUUAGCUUCUUGUUCUCAACUGAGUUCCUUAUCUGCAAACCAAAGGAUGUGGUCUAUAAAGAAAUUGCAUAAACUAUUGAUGGGAACAGAAGACAACUUAAGUACACCGAAUCUUCAAAUACAAAUUCUUAAAGCACCAGAUAAUGCUUUAGGAGUCUUGUUCAAAGAGCUUCCGAAAGCUAUCCUGAGGCAAUAUGAAUAUGAAGAUAUAUCAGUUAGAGCUGGUUUGCAUUUGAUGCAUUCUGAUUUCUUCAAAGCAUUAAUAGCCUUAGCUUGCGAUCUUGAAAUGGACAAAUGGGAUGAAAUCCUUGAUAAUCACAAAUGGUCCUGGUUCCGACGUUACUGUUCAGUUGCAAGAAUAGCGAAAUCUCUGAUUCAUAGAAAACCCUUACCCUUAUCAUUUUGUGAAGAUGUUAGAAAAAAAUUAUCUGAUAAGGAUUACGACAGAGGGGAUUAUUCAGAUCAUGAAAAACAUUCGAUAUUCAAAAAAGAACAUGAUGAGCAACUUCUUAUUUGGUUAAAUAGGAAACCAGAAGAUUGGACUUUGUCUUGGGGUGGUUCUGGUACAAUUUUUGGAUGGGGUCAUAACCACAGAGGUCAAUUGGGCGGAAUUGAUGGCGCCAAAGUGAAAGUACCAACUGCUUGUGAGGCACUAUCGUCUUUGAGACCAAUACAACUUCUUGGUGGCGAACAAACAUUAUUUGCUGUUACAACUGAUGGAAAAAUCUAUUCUACAGGUUAUGGAGCGGGGGGCAGAUUAGGAGUAGGUGGUACAGAUUCUGUUUUAGUGCCCACUUUGAUAGAAUCAAUUCAGCACAUAUACAUUAAAAAAAUAACAGUCAAUUCUGGAGGAAAACAUUGCCUUGCGCUUUCUUCAGACAAUGAUGUCUAUUCUUGGGGCGAAGGAGAUGAUGGAAAGCUUGGACAUGGAACUAGAACCUCAUGUGAAACUCCUAAAAUAAUUGAAGCCCUUCAGGGGUAUGAAGUAGUUGAUAUAGCUUGUGGAGGGGCUCAUUCUGCCGCAAUCACAAGUUCAGGACAACUUUUCACUUGGGGUAAAGGUAGAUAUGGUCGAUUAGGUCAUGGAGAUAGUGAGGACCAAUUAAAACCAAAACUUGUGGAAGCUCUUUUGGGAUAUAGAGUAAUUGAUGUAGCUUGUGGAUCAGGUGAUGCGCAAACAUUAUGUAUUACUGAUGAUGACAAUGUGUGGUCUUGGGGCGAUGGAGAUUAUGGCAAAUUAGGUCGAGGAGGUUCAGAUGGUUGUAAAAUUCCAAUGAAAAUCGAAAGUUUAGCUGGUUUGGGAGUUGUAAAAGUAGAAUGUGGUUCCCAAUUUUCAGUUGCUCUUACCAGAUCGGGUAGUGUUUAUACUUGGGGUAAGGGAGACUAUCAUAGACUAGGACAUGGAUCAAGCGAUCAUGUAAGGCGUCCCAAGAAAGUUUCAGCUCUCCAAGGAAAAAAAAUAAUUUCUAUUGCUACUGGUUCUCUUCAUUGCGUUGCUUGUUCAGAUGAAGGAGAGGUAUUUACUUGGGGUGAUAAUGAUGAAGGUCAAUUAGGUGAUGGUACUACAAAUGCUAUACAGAGACCAAGACUUGUGUCUGCCCUGCAGGGUAAAAAAAUUACUAACGUGGCUUGUGGUUCAGCUCAUACCUUGGCUUGGUCAACAAUAAGUUCCGGUUCAUCCUGUGCUGUACCAGUGAUAACACCUCUAGAAUAUGACCUGCUUCAGGACAUUCCAACCUCAGUUUUACACAAAAGACUAAUAUUGUUGCAUUAUUUUUCUGAACUGAUUUGUCCAUGUAUCACCAUGUUUCCAAUUACCGGACCUGAGUCACUACAUGAGCUGCGCAGCAUUCUGAUCUACUCCAUAAAAGAGGCUACAUUCCGAAAAGUUGUCCAAUCUACUAUGGUCAGAGAGAAACAUCAUGGUCCUAUCAUAGAAUUGAAUCGAAUACAAGUUAAAAGAUCUAGAUCUAAAGGAGGACUUGCUGGUAUUGAUGGAAUGAAAUCUGUAUUUGGACAGAUGGUUCAGAAAUUACCUUUAUUAACUUCAGAAACCUUAGCACUACCACAUCGUGUGUGGAAAGUAGAAUUUGUAGGUGAAAGUGUCGAUGAUUGUGGAGGGGGUUACAAUGAAAGCAUAACUGAGAUGUGCGAUGAAUUACAAAAUGGUUCUUUGCCUCUUCUUAUACCUACUCCUAAUGGUAGAGAAGAGGCUGGUGCUAAUCGGGACUGUUUCAUACUCAAUCCAACUGCGAAAUCAUGUCUUCAUCUAAAUAUGUUUCGGUUCCUUGGUGUACUGAUGGGUAUAGCAAUCAGAACUGGUUCUCCAUUAAGCUUGAACCUUGCUGAACCUGUAUGGAAGCAAUUAGCUGGAAUGGAAUUGACGCCAGCUGAUUUAACAGAAAUCGACAGAGAUUAUGUACCAGGCCUUCUUUGUAUCAGAGAUAUGGGACCUGAUGAACCUCUAUUCCAAAAUUUAGAAAUGCCUUUUAGUACACCUUCUUCCUGCAGUAUUGACAUUCCCCUAAGUACAAAAUAUAAAAAGAUUACUUAUGAAAAUAGAUUAGAAUAUGUACGCCUUGCCCUAAACUUCAGACUCCAUGAAUUUGAUGAACAAAUCAAAGCUGUUCAGGAUGGUAUGUCCAGAGUUGUGCCAGUUCCUUUAUUAUCUUUGUUUAGUGGGUAUGAGCUUGAAACUAUGAUUUGUGGUUCCCCAGAUAUUCCAUUAUCUCUGCUGAAAUCAGUAGCUUCAUACAAAGGAAUUGACAGUUCAGCACCACUGAUUCAAUGGUUCUGGGAAGUAAUGGAAGAAUUCACAAAUCAGGAAAGAUCUUUAUUUUUGAGAUUUGUUUGGGGCCGGACUAGACUGCCCCGAACAAUUGCAGAUUUCAGAGGACGAGACUUUGUCAUUCAAAUACUAGAUAAAUAUACGCCGCCAGAUCAUUUCCUUCCAGAAAGUUAUACUUGCUUCUUCUUGCUUAAAAUGCCUCGAUAUUCUUGCAAGCAUGUGCUCCAACAGAAGCUAAAAUAUGCUAUUCAUUUCUGUAAAUCCAUAGACAAAGAUGAAUAUGCUAGAGUGGCAAUGGCAGGAGAUCUAGCUGUAAGUUCGAGUUCAGAUAUAGAAAGUGAUCAAGAGAUGGAUAGCAGCAAUUAAUUCUGCGUAUAACGCCUCUCGUCCAAACUUUUAAACUAUAUUCUUGUAUCUUUUUCAUUUUAAUAUAACUCGAAUUUUCCGAAUUA